UGCAGAAGUUGUGUUAGCAAAUAAAUCUAAAGAUACAGUGUCAAUAACAAAUGCUUAUUACAAUGAUGAAAAACAUAUUUAUAAAAUUAGUAUAUGAAGCUUGAAACCUCUCACUGUUGACAUUUCAUUAUAUCAUAAGCUAUAACAAAACUAUCUAAAGUCUUGCGAAUAUACUGUGCAUUUGAUAACCUAAAGAAAAGAUUUAUAAUGAGCCAUUCAGGAAAAGAUAAAAAGAUAAUUAUUGUUGGAGCUGGACCAGCAGGAAUUGCUGCUGCUUCUAAACUGUUUGAAAGUGGUUUCAAGAACGUAAAAAUUUUAGAAGCGGAAGAUCGCAUUGGCGGAAGGGUCUUUACAACCGAAUUUGGUAAUUAUUCUGUGGAUCUUGGUGGCCAGUGGGUACACGGAGAGAAAAGUAAUGUUGCAUUCGAAUUGGCUUACCCGCUGGGUUUACUCGAAAAACAAGACGAUUGUGAUGCGAAACACGGCUUGAUAUUUCUUGAUUCAAAAGGGAACGAUCUGAAAAAUGAUGUCGAUGAAAAGAUUCGAAUUUUUUUUGAUAAACACAUGUCUGGAGAAGUAUUUGAUGAGAACGCGCCAUACAAGUCGAUUGGUGAAUAUAUUGAGCAAAAAUUUGAAGAAGAAUUUCAAAACGAUUCCGAAAUUCUGUACGACAAAAGUAAAUAUCUGCACCACUUUGAAGUGAAUAUUCUGGGUGGAAAACCAGCAAAAACUUGGAGAGAUAUCUCUUUAAUAAAUCAUGAGGCUUUCAAAGAUUGCGAAGGAGAUAACAGGAUCAAUUGGAAAACGAAAGGAUAUUCAACGAUUUUAGAUAUCUUAAUGAAACGUUAUCCAAAUCGUGAAAAUGAACUCCCAGUUAUUUGGAACACUGAUUUGAAUUCUGAAGUCAUAUCCAUAGAUUACUUUGAUAAUUUCGAGGGGUCUUUAGUUAUGAUUACGACGGCGAAAGGAAAAAUUUAUAAAGCUAAUCACGUUAUAGUUACUAUUCCACUUGGAGUUUUGAAAGAAAAGCACAAACUGCUUUUUAUACCUCCAUUACCUGAAAAUAAAGCAAAAUCUAUAGAAGCUCUUGGCUUUGGAAAUGCUGGAAAAGUAUAUUUACUAUACGACAAACCCUUCUGGCAACUAGGCGAUAAAACCUCAAUGCAUUAUGCUUUCAUGUGGAAUGACGCCGAAAGAAAGGCGAUCGAAGCAGAACCAGAAAAAAUGUGGAUGUUGGGUACACCAGGAGCAGUGACUGUGGAGCACAAACCCAAUUUAUUGGAAUUGUAUAUCGCUGGAGAAUACGCAAAAGUAAUGGAACAAGUUGCCGAAGACAAAGUGUUUGCUCAAGCUCAAGAACUCAUUAAACAGUUUAUGGGAAAGAAAUUCGAUGUGACAAAACCCAUCUCAAUGUUGAGAACACAAUGGCAAAUGAAUCCUCAUUUUAGAGGAACGAUUAGUUAUCGAAGUGUAGAAACGGAAAGCAGAAAGGUUUACCCGAACGCGUUAGAAGAACCAAUAACACUGGAUAAUUUGAAAAUUCUAUUUGCUGGCGAGGCAACGUCGCAGCAUCGAUAUGCAACUGUCGACGGAGCUAUAACAUCAGGCUGGAAAGCUGCCGACAGAUUAAUCAAUUUUUAUGAGAAUUUAUCGUACAACAAAUAAGAAUACAUUUUUUCGCGAAUGAACUCGUACGACGUUCGUUGCAUAAUCGCAAUCCAGACAUUAUCGCCUUCUUUCCCGUUUCAUUUAUAUAAACUUAUCUAUCGCGCUAUAGUGUGAUAUAUUGCUUUAUAAAUGCAUGCGUGAUUAAAUAAUAAAAUUCCAUAAAUACUC